GCCUACUCUAAAGUUUUACCAAUCAAAACAAACAACUGUCAAAUAAAAAAGGACACUCAUUGAGGAAUUUGAUCAUAGAAAACGUAUAUAUUUUAGUAAAUGGAUUAUAGAAAUAUGCAUUGAGAUCGAAAAUGGAUAUCUCAAAAGGUUUAGUUCUUUUCAUCAGCCAAAUAGUGACAUUAUUUCUUCAGGAAGUGUGGGGCCAAGUUUGCUUUGCGGACGAAACCGGUACCCCGGUACCAUUUUCGUUAGGACAGUGCUCCGACCUGCUAAUGGGACAGUACAUGUGUGACGAUCCCGAGAUAGACAUAGAUACACAGGCUGAAAAUGGUUGUGACAGCUCGAGGAAACUGCAAGUCGGAUGUAGACCAGCACCUUCAAUAGUUUGUGUACCAGAUAAAAGUAUAAAUUCUUACGGAGAACCGUGCAAUUUUACCGGCUUAGAGAUUGGGUUUUACACUGAUGUGCCAUGCAAAUGGACGAACGGCUACAGCUUUGAAACAGCGUUAUUGUUAUCAGUAUUUCUAGGCAUGUUUGGGAUAGACCGUUUUUAUCUGGGGUACCCAGCCAUUGGGUUAUUGAAGUUUUCAACCCUUGGUUUCUUCUUUCUUGGGCAGCUGGUCGAUGUUUUACUGAUAGCAACACAGACAGUGAAGCCAUCAGAUGGCUCUGAUUAUGUCAUAGACUACUAUGGAGCCGGCCUGGUGAAAAGAGUUAUGAACAACGAAACUAUCAUAAACACUGAAGAUUAGUCAUGAACUCAUUUAUUUGAAAUUAUUAACAUUUAAGAACAUACAGAGCAGCAUACGAAAGUGUUCUUUACAUAAUUUGUAUAUUACAAAGAAUAUUGCCAUCAUAGACAUAUAUGUCCAUCUUGUCAUUUAUAAGUCAUAUAUUUUGAAACAUUGAAAGUUCAUUGUCAAUGCUAAUAUGUAAGUUAUUAUGAAAUCAGUCACAGGUCAUCUUGACCUACUAGAAGACAUAUUCAUUAUAAAUGUUAAUGAGUUAAAUGUAGUCCAUGUAAAUGACUGCUAGUGACUAUCUUGACUGUAUUCUUUUUGUUGCUUAUAAUUUCAUUUCGCCUUUUUGUACAUGCAUGUUUUAAUAUGAAAUGAAAAGUAACUCAUAUUGAUUUCAUUGUGUUGAUAAUUUGAAGAAAGAGGGCCAAAUAUAUAUUACAAAUAUUCUUG